AUGAAAAAAGAUAAAUCUAAUUUUUAUUUUAGAAGAAAAGAAAAUCAGACAUUAUAAAAACUACCUGGAAGUUUAAAUGGUUCUGACUUUGCUAUAUCUAAUUGUAUUAAUUGCGAAAUAUACAUAUUUGAUUAUUUAGCACAAGUAUUUGUUGAUGAUUGUAAAAAUUGCAAAGUAUACAUAGGUCCAACGAAAGGUUCUAUAUUUGUGCGUGAUUGUUAAGAUAUUUAAUUACAUUCUUCUUCUGCCCAAUUAAGAAUAUCUGAUAGUAAAAAUAUUUCUGCUUUAAUAUAUUCAUAAAGUGAUCCUACAUUAGAAAAUACAUCUGGUCUAAUUUUGGGCCCUUAUAAUUUCAUAUAUCCUGGAUUUAAAGAACAUUUUUAAUUAUCAGAGCUUAGACCAGGUUUUUUAUUUAAAAAUAUACAAAAUAUUUUAUAAAUAAAUGUAGAUGAAGAUAAAUGGAGCUAAGUUUUCGAUUUUACUCCAAAUUCUUCAUGUAAAAAUUGGGAUUUAUUACCUCCUAAUUAAUACCCAGGAAUAAUAAUUAAAGAAAUUGAAGGAGUUGAAGGUUCAUUAGAAAAUCCUAUUCCUAUUCCUAAAAUAUAUGGAGGAGACUCCGAUAUAUAAAUCGUUUUGGGAAGCCAAGGUUCUCAAAACAUAGGAGAUAUGAUGAGUUUUAAUAUAAAUACUAGUUAAUAAUAAGCAUAAUAGGUUGUUGAGUAAUAAGAAUAAAUUUAAGUAGAAGAAUAAUAAUAAUAAGAAAUGACGAAAAAUAAGCCAAAGAAUAGAAAAGACAAAGAGCUAAAGAAUAUUUAUUAUAAUUUAAAUAAAGAAAUAUAUUAGUAGAACAAAUAAAAAGCUACAAAUAAAGAAGACAAUGUAUGGGAAAAAGUAAUAAAAAAUAUAGCUUUGAAGUCAGGAGAAUAUUAAGGAAAAACAGAUGUAUCAAGAAUGCGUUAAGCAAUUUUAAAUAAAAGAUUAGAUUUAAAAUGA